UUCAAAACCCUACUACCAAACUACACUCCAUUUUUUUUCGUUUGGGUCUUUCGUUCGUCUUCUUCUUCUGUGCCAGUAGUAGUGGUGGUGGUGGUGGGCGGUGCACUAUGUCGGCCUUGUCCAGAGGAGGUCUUGUUUCCCGUUUCCGAUAUCUCUCACUCAGUCCGGCUACCAGUGCUUGUACUAGUAGUAGGAGAUUCUGUAGCUCUGAUUCUUUGGUGGAUGCCCAUGAAGCCACUCGUAUUAUCGAAGCCAAGCCCGGCGUCAUGACCCCCAAUUCUAGGCGGCCUGGCCUCAUCGCCAUCAAAUGUGGUAUGACGGCGCUAUGGGACAAAUGGGGUGCUAGGGUUCCCAUUUCAGUGCUCUGGGUCGAUGACAAUAUCGUCUCUCAGGUUAAGACUCCAGAAAAAGAAGGCAUCGUUUCCUUACAGAUUGGUUGUGGACAGAAGAAAGAAAAACAUUUGACCAAACCUGAAGUGGGUCAUUUCAGAGCUCAAGGUGUUCCGAUGCUAAGGAAAUUAAGGGAAUUCCCUGUCACAGAAGAUGCACUUCUCCCAGUGGGUACUUCAUUGGGCGUUCGUCAUUUUGUUCCAGGCCAAUUUGUAGAUGUCACAGGAAUCACAAGAGGGAAAGGUUUCCAGGGUGUGAUGAAAAAGUAUGGAUUUAAAGGAGGCCCAGCUUCUCAUGGUGCAUCAUUAUCACAUCGAAGUCCUGGUUCCACCGGUCAGAGGGAUGCUCCUGGAAAGGUUUUUAAAGGCAAAAAGAUGCCUGGGCGAAUGGGUGGGCAACAAAGAACUGUUAAAAAUGUUUGGGUUUACAAAAUUGAUCCUGCUAGGAAUUUGAUGUGGUUAAGAGGCCAGGUCCCGGGUGCUAAAGGGAACUUUGUAUUUAUAAAAGAUGCUGUUUAUAAGAAACCUGACAUUUCGCAGCUUCCAUUCCCUACUUACUUCCCCGCGGACGAUGAGGACACAACAGAAUUGGAACCUCUGGUUGCCGAUCUUGGGGAAGUAGAUCCAUUCAUGGUGGCAGAUUAAUCUGGUCGCGAGUGUUAAAACACCCUGAAGAAGUAGUCAGGUUGGUCAGCUUGAUUAGCGUGUGAUCAUCAUCAUUGCUUUUGUAGUGAAACAUACAGUUUGACAAAUUUGUUGUGAGAAGAACCAUAUGAUAUGCUUAAAGAGCAAAGUGGAAGGUGGCUAGAGGGCAUGUAAUCUUCUUUUGUUGAGUGGAUUCAUCCUCGGAAAAUUUUGAAUGUGGCUAACCUUUCAUUGGAACUGGGCUAAUGAAAUAAGUUUAGGAAGUUGAUACUAUGAGUUGAUCAUUUUAGGUCAUGCAUGUUGACAAGUUCCUUAAAAUUUAAGGAAGUUUCAAGUUAUAAGUUUUAUUUUCAACCAUGCCUUGGUCUGUAACUGGAAGCGCGUAGACAAUCCAUCAUCUUAUAUUUUUUUUUUCCUUUUUGGAUGUCUUUCAUACAGAGUCAUUUACUCAACUGAAUUAAAAUAAGUGAAGUAUUUCAAUUAUGAAUUGGCUAAUGUUCUGAAACA